ACCUGCUUUCUUUUCCCUUACUCGAUGAUCUUACAAAAAUGUUAUUUAUGGCGGCACUCUCACCUGUUAUCUUGUAAUUUAAAUACACGCAAAUAAAACUUUCAUAAUUUAUCAAACCGGUAACAACUGCACUGCAGCUACAAUGAGCCGUACUAAUUCAGAUAACGAAGCAAAUAAAACGGCGAUAGAGACUCCUGCACCUCCUCCAGUGGAGCCGAUACGAUUGCCGACAAUCGAAGAAGUUCGAGGCCAAGAUAUUUGGAAUAAUUGUGGCGUUCGUAGCGUCGUUAGUGGUGUCAUGGGAGGUGGCCUUGGGUUGUUCAUGGGAUUGUUUCUAGGGGCUUUAGACAAUCCUAUAAUGCAGGACCAAAUGACAGGAAGACAACAAUUUGUUUAUACUGCAAAGCAGAUGGGUAGCAGAAGCUGGGGUUCUUGUAAGGCUUUUGCUGUAAUGGGCUUAAUUUUUUCGGCUGCUGAAUGUGUUGUUGAGAAGGUUAUUCAUUUAUUCGAUUGGCUCGUGCAAAACAUGACAUGGGAAACACAGUUGUUGCUGGAUGUGUAACCGGAGGGGCGCUGUCAGCAAAAGCUGGACCACAGGCUGCAUGUGUUGGUUGUGCAGGCUUUGCUGCAUUCUCAGUGCUGAUAGAGAAAUUUCUGGAAAGACACUAGUGAUUAGGUACCCAUUAAUAUACCAGUUUCACAGAGGCAUCAACUUAACUCAACCUGGAACAAAAGUAGAAGUAGUUCAUCUCUUAUAUAUCAUAUAUUACAAAUCUCAUGCUCCCAUGUCUACUGCCCACAAAGAAUGCAUAUGUUGUUAUCAGUUAUGUCCAUGGAAUACAACAACUGUCUGAUAUGAUGCAAUCAUGAUUUACUCUUUUUUAGUAUAAUUAAGCCCCUCAGCCAUUUAAGGUCAUAAUUUUCAGGGUUGUUUUUACAGUUUGUUGCCUACAAUAUCUAUAUAUACCCAUGCCUUCUAAAUUACUUUGCCUAUUUGCAAUAGUUUCUCCGUAUGUUAAUGUUCCCGUAGCAUGAGCGUUAUCAGGCUGCAGUCCAGGACUCUGAUUUUUUAGCAUUAGUGCUCAGCUUUCUUCAAACGUGCAUAAUCUAUUUACACAAUAGAUUAGUAUUCUCAAUGUUAAUGUUAAUCUGCGACUCUAACAAAUUUGAAGUGUACAUAUUAUCUUUUAAAUGUUGAGAGAUAAGUAAACAGAAGAUGAACUGGAGAAGCAUGCAUUCUAGGCUGAAGUGAUGGCUUUUUAUCUUUUUUAACCUCUGAUAUAACUGUUUCAUCAACAUCCUACAUGCUCAUAGUUAAAACAAAUUAGCAGACAUGAGUUAUAGAUUAAUUUAAGCUAUAUAAAAAUGAGCACUGUAUGUCUAUAAGUACAUACAUAUAGGGCCUUUGCUCUAAAGAAGAGAAAGGGACUUAUGAUACAUAUAUAAAGGGAGUGAUUAAUGCGCAACUAUAAACCCAGUGAAAUCAGGAGGGGGGGUAUUGAAACAUGAGAGUGGGAGGAUGGAUGAUCAAUCUCAAUCUAAGAAUAGAUGUGACGAGGACCCAAUAUUCACAAAAAUACAAGAGUUCAGCACCUGAGAACUCAAGUCUGUGACAUUGAACCCACGUGUAAACUUUUAAUCUCUGUUUAUACAUACAGCCACACACACGUUCAUAAUUUUUGUAUCCUGGUGUAUAUGAGUGUCCCGGGCCAGCACCAAGCUGCGCAGGGGACCAUAUUAAGUGCAGCUGUAUAUAUGUACUUGUAAGUAUACUCAGGUAAAUUUACUCGUAUAAUUGUGCUUUCUUGAACAAGAGUUUGAAUAGAGAAUGUCAUGCACACUGAAUCAGAAUUGUUUAGUUAAACCCAGUUCUUCCGCAGAACUGUUAGAUACUAAUCAAGUUAAAGUACUAGUUAAACACAUGAUUUCUGAGAUACUAUUUUGUCAUUACUUUUGUAGCUUAACCCAAAUUUAAAGCAUAAUGUUUAGGAAUUGACGAUGAGUACAGAUUAUGUUAAUACUCUCUGUAGCUUGACCCAUAUUUUACGUAAUCAGUUAUAUUAUUUAAAUCAUAAUGUUUAGCAUAAUUGAAUGCUUGUAUUGUUGUAGACAUUCGCAUUUCACUAUCUAAGACAUUUAAGUAGUUGUUGUUGCUAAAUAAACAAUGGCAUGACUGUUAAGCAGCCACCUUGAUUAAGAGACUAAUUAUAUUUGUUAAAGAACCUUUCACACGUACUUGAUAGAAAUGAAACCUUGUCGCCAAAGACAGAGCCAUGCUACCAUACUCCAGGUAUAUAUAUAUGUAUUACAGGAUAAGAAUCCACACCUAACAAUUGUUUUAGUCAGGAUCACUUUGUUUAUCAGAUUUAAGGUAGAUAGGCUGGUUUCAAUCUUAAUUUUUUUUUUAACAUUCUGCUGAUCGAUACAGGAGAGCUUUGUAGCUACUUGAGUAAUCUGUUAGUUGAAACUUAAUCAAAACUAACGGCAUCGAUAUUUCAAGUUUCAUCAUAAGUAGAGUGUCUGUGUGUGUGAAUGCGGCUAUCGCAAUACUGACUCUUUUAUCCUGUAUAUUUUUUAUUGGUCCUAUAGAUCACAAAGGCUUCUAGUAACUGAACUUGUUUAGGUUCUAAAUUAUAAACUCCAGUAUAUGCUCAAGAUCUCCUAAGUAAUUAGGUCUACUAAUCUAAGCAUCAUCUAGCUGUUAAAAUUUUACCUGCAUAUAGUCAAAUUUCGGAAUACUGAAUUUAGACACGAGAAUUUCAACAAGAAAAAAACUGAGCAUUUAGAUUGUUAUACUGAAAUCAUAAUAAGAUAAUCUUACCAUUCAUAGUUUUACUUAAGCAACUAAGAUAUGAUGCAAAUUAAAGUUUUGUGAAUAUUAAGCAAACUACAGUGUGGAGGUAGAAGGUGUGGCAGCAGUAAUCAUGCCACUAACAUCCACACUUCCAGCUUCAACUGCCUGUAUAUUGGAGCUACCUGGCGUGGCUCUCACAGUGACCCCCCGUUUCCGCUUUUUCUUCUCAUAAGGCAUGCCUCUGGCCUUGGACUGACUUUCUUUAACUUCCCUCAGAUAUAUCCUAACCGCCCUGGCUCCAAAUGGAUUGGAUUCAGGGCGGCCUCCAUUCUCCUCAUAGGCCGCCCUGAGGCGGCCUAUGAGGGCAUCUAAGCUACCCCACGCCUGCUUGAGCAAGCAGGCGCAAGGGGCAGGAGGA